AUGGCCACCGCGACCACCCUCCAGCCCUCGGAUCCCUUCCUCCAGAUCUUCCAACGCGAGAGGCAGUCCAUCUGGGAGCGUCACGCCCACCUGUCCGACUUCGACCGCGAGGCCCUCUGGCACCAGCGCAAGGCCGAACUGGCCUCGUACCUAGCCGCCGACCCGACCCAGCAUGCCCACACGCCGCGGUCCCUGUCCAGCGUCCCUACUGAUCUCCACCUUUCCAUGGCUAUGAACCGCAGCGAGAGCGCCUCGAUACACUCUGCUCCCGCCGGCCUGUCCAUGUCUCACUCCUACUCCGCCCUCACCCGCCCCGACCUCUUCUCGAGCAACACCGAUCCCGCCGGCGCCGCCUACACCCUGGCCUCCAGGAGUACGUCCGUGCACCAGCCCAUGCCUCGCCUCGACGAGGUCAACGUCUACGACGACCCCUCCGAGUACAUCGCCACCUUCAACGGCCACGCCUCCAGCCUCCCCGCCCGCUUCGAAUCCUCGACUCACCCCAUGCAGCGCGCCUGGAGCAACCUCAGCUCCAUGUCCCCCAGCACCUCUGUUGGCGAACUGACUGCAGGCUCCACCCUGGCCAGUGACAGCAUGAGCCGCCAGAGCUCGUCCAGCGCGACCUUUGCCCAUCAGUUCGACAUGAUGCGCGUCCAGUCGCAGUUUUCCAACACUUCCGAUUCUGUUUUUCCUACUCAUGAUUUCUUCGUUGCCUCACCAUCUGCGACCAAGUCCCACGGCUUGCCAGCAGAUGGUGAUUUUUCCUACAUGUCUUCUGCUUCUGGCGCUGAUGCUUCCAUCUCAUCAGCGCAUUUUCCUAUUUCGUCUUCUCCUUUUGUUCCUUCUGAUCUUGUUGCCAGCAACUCUGCUGCACUUUCAAAUCCUCACUUCUCUCCCCCCGCCCCCAUGGCCCGCUCAGCUUCGAUCGAGAGCAACGACUCUGCAACCUCUCCCUCUCGUUCAAAGCGCCGCCACAUCGAGCAGCUCGCUUCGGGAGCGAGGCCCAUCGCCCCCAAGGCCUCUGAGAGCAGCAUGCCCCUGAACGCUGCGCAGAUGGAGCGUGCUCCCUCUGCUGCGACUUCGGCCUCUCUCAUUCGUGUGCCCACGUCUGAUGGCACCGGCACCAAGUCGGUCGCCGCCAUCAGCAAGGCUCCCUAUGUUCGUCCUGUGCACCCCAAGAUCAUGUGCCAGAAGUGCAAUGAACACCCUGAGGGCUUCCGUGGCGAGCACGAGCUCCGCCGUCAUACUGAGCGCGUGCACGCUGCCAUUCGCAAGGUGUGGGUCACCGUCGAUGCCUCCCCCAACAAGCAAUUCCUCGCCCACUGCAAAGCCUGCCGCAACGGCAAGAAGUACGGCGCCUACUACAACGCCGCUGCGCACUUGAGACGCGCUCACUUCAAUCCUCGCAAGCGUGGUCGCAAGGCUAAGGGUGACGAGCGCAGGGGCGGCAAGGGCGGUGGUGAUCAUCCUCCCAUGGACGUGCUCAAGCAGUACUGGAUGAAGGAGGUCGAGGAGUUUGUCCCCGAGAACGCGAGCAGCAGCAACGACCUGAGCGUCGAUGCCGAUGGCGACGACGAGGAGCCGGUGAAGCGUGCCAGGGAGUUUGGCAUCAGCAGCGACGGCAUCCCCACGGCCGUCUUGGAGGGCAACACUGUCCCGUCCAAUGCCUCUCCCGCCGUCAAUGCUACCCCUGAGCUCACCGGCGACCUCUCCAACCCUGCCAUCACCUCGUUCGACUCGCAAGGCCUGACCUUCGACCCCAACGCCACGUUCAACGCUGCCCCUCACAUGCAGUCGAGCGAGUUCUCGAUCCUAGACCAGUAUGCGCCGGCCAUGCACACCGAUGCGACGCUUUCGCCCACGCAGUUCCAGCUCGACCUGGGCGACCCGUCGACUAUGGCGCAGCACCAACAGCAGAUGCCGCCGCAGCAGCAGCAGAUGAUGCCGCAGACUUAUGAUGUCAAUGCCAUGCCUGCUACUACUGCCGGUGACUUCAGCGGGUACUUUGUCGCUUAG